UUUUCGACCCGUUUUUUUAUACCAAUUUGUAAUUUUUGUGCAUUAAUGCAGCCCACUGCCGCUAACACCGAUAAAACUACAAUUAAGCUCUUCAUUUUACGUAUAUUUAGUAUUUGGAUUUUGUAUGAAUUGGCUGGAAAUGGUAUAAAUCAAUGGUGCACUAUCAGUGGAAUGAUAUCGAACUCUAAUAAUGAAUUGCCGACCAAUGAGCGUAGGACACAAAUUGUUUUGUUGAAAUGUCAUCCAGAACCGCGUGUAUCAGUGCACUCUAUCGGAAAUAUCAAGCAUUAAAAAAUGAUUUGACAGAAUCAAAAUCCCAUUGACACACAACAUAAAACCUCAAUACUUGAGCAAUACGGCAAGGUCCGAUAUGAAUCAGUCGAAUGUACAAGUUGUUGCGGUUUCAUUCGUGUUUGCAGUUGUCAACAUACAUUCUCAAAACAAAACAUGAGUUAAAAUUUGCUGCACUGAAUAUGUCAUCACAUAAGAGGAACAGUGACGGUUUAAACAUUACAAGUAGCCCAUGCAAAGUUCGCUGUACAAAAGCGGAGAGUAAAGAAAAUUCAUCAAUCGUUGAAACAUCGCUAUUAAAUAAAAUGAGUUUAGUUGAGGUUAUGGAAACACCAGAUAAAUCGGAAAAUGAUAAAAAAUCAUACCGUGUAGUUCGGCUGGAGAAUGGAUUGAAAGCACUUUUAAUUUCUGAUCCAAAUCAAAAUUCGGCACAGCACGAAGAUGCAAACGAUGGCCAUACACACAAGCAUAGACGUGAACCGGUUGCUGUAAGUGAUGAAGAAGAUGAAACGGAAAGCGAGGACGAUGAAAGGCAUUUGGAAGGAAGUGAUGAUGAUGAAGUGGAAGAUGAUUCACAUCGGGAAAAACGAGGAAAACUGGCAGCGUGCAGUCUUUGUGUUGAUGUCGGCUCCUUUUCCGAUCCACGCGAUGUUCAGGGAUUGGCACACUUUUUGGAACACAUGAUUUUUAUGGGCUCAGAGAAGUAUCCAAGCGAAAAUGAAUUUGAUCAAUUCAUGCAGAAAUCCGGUGGUUUUGAUAACGCAGACACUGAUUUUGACGAAACAUCUUUCUAUUUCGAAACGAGUGAAGAAUUCUUGGACGAAGCCCUGGAUCGGUUUUCACAAUUCUUCAAAGCGCCACUCAUGUUGAAAGAGGCCAUGACUCGUGAACGUGAAGCUGUCGAGUCGGAAUUUGCUUCGAAGAAAAAUGGUGAGGAGGUGAGACGAGGUCAGUUGCUAUCUUUGAUUGGUCAACCAACGCAUCCGUCGAGCAUUUUCGCUUGGGGUAACUUGGAAACAUUGAAAGAGAAUAUCCAAGACGAUGCUUUGUAUCAGAAAGUUCACGAUUUUCGUAAACGACACUAUUCCGCCAGUCGCAUGUAUCUGUGCCUCCAAUCAAAUUUACCGUUGGAUAAUCUACAGGAAAUGGCGAAUCGACACUUUUCAAAUAUUCCAAACAACCAACUACCUGGCAAUGAUUUCUCGCAGUACACUCACCAAAACGCAUUUCAAUCGAAAUUCUAUGAAAAAGUCUACUUUGUGAAACCGAUUGGGAAUAUUUCGAAAAUUGAUAUCACUUGGUGUUUGGAGCCAAUGAUUGAGAAUUUCAAGUGCAAACCAGAUCAGUAUUUGAGUCACAUUCUCGGUCACGAAGGAAAAGGUUCACUUUUAAGUUAUUUACGCAAAAAACUGUGGGCUGUUGAUUUGGCUGCCGGAACCGAUAAUAGUGGCAUGGGUUCGAACAAGCUAUUUUCGAUGUUCAACAUUUGUGUUCACUUGACAGAGGAUGGAUUUGAUCAUUUGGACGAUGUGUUGAGCGCUAUUUUUAGUUAUUUAAAGCUUUUGCAAUUGGCUGGUCCAAAAGAAUCGAUAUUCCGUGAGAUUCAGACCAUCGAAGCGAAUGCUUUCCGAUUUUCCAACGAACGAGAUGCUCUCGAUAAUGUGGAAGAUCUGGUCAUCAGCUUGAAACAUUAUCCGCCCAAAUAUAUUCUAACUGGCGACUGCCUCUAUUUUGAAUACGAUGCAAAUGCUAUUCAACAAAUCACCGAUGAGCUCAACUCACGGAAAUUCAACAUUAUGAUCACAUCAACAAGGCGAUACAAUGAGAAUAUUACAUAUGAAUUGACUGAACCGUGGUUCGGUACAAUGUAUACUGAAAUUGAUAUGCCGGAGAAAUGGAUUUCGUUGUGGAAAAAUGCAACACCAUUCCCUGAAUUUGCUCUGCCCGAGCCAAAUCCAUUCAUUGCUGAUGAUUUCACAAUUUCAUAUGAGGAAGGACGCACUCUACCCAAAUAUCCAACCAAAAUUCUUGACAAUGAUCUGUGCGAACUGUGGUUUCGGCAAGACGACAAAUUUCUACUACCGACUGCCUGCUAUAAUUUCUACUUCAUGACACCACAUGCAACUGCAUCAAUCGAGAACAUGGUUCAAAUGACUUUAUUGGCUACACUGUUGAAGUAUCAAUUCGUUGAGAAACUAUAUCCAGCCACCGUUGCUGGAUUGGAAUACUCGUGCUAUGCCGCUGAUUUGGGCCUAGUUCUCAAGGUAGAAGGAUUCAGUCAAAAGCUGCAUUUAAUCGUCGAUGUGUUCAGCAAAUGCUUAAAAUCUCUAGCAGAAGAUACAACCGAAAAGCAAUUUGAGGUGUUCGUUCAGCAACAGUUCAAAACGUAUGAAAAUAUUUGCCUGAAGCCAAAAGUUCUUGCCAAGGAACUGCGUUUGAAUGUGAUUGAAUCCCACCAUCAGCCACUUUACCAGAAAAAUCAGCGAUUACGUUCGAUUAAUUUCACCGAUUUUCAACAAUUUUGUCGGAAAUACUGUGAGCAAGUGAAAAUCAAGGCCAUAAUGCAAGGGAACAUUACCAAAGAGCGUGCACUCAACAUCAUGCACAAUGUUCUGAACGAACUCAACUGUGGAAAAGUUGAAAAUUUGUCUUCAAUCGAGUUAACAGCCACAAAAUUACCCGUUGGUGCAAAUUAUCUGCGCUGUAAAACUUUCCACCCGAAAGACGUGAACACAGUAAUCACCAACUUUUAUCAAAUCGGUCCGAUUUCAUAUCGCACACAUGUUCUAAUUGACCUUUUGGUGAUGGUCGCUCAUGAACCGAUAUUCGACACACUCCGGAACAAAGAGCAACUUGCCUACGAUGUGUCGUUGGAUUUACGUGAUAAUUACGGCAUUUUGGGAUACAGCAUCACCGUGAAUUCACAAGAGCCGAAAUUCACGGUUGAUUACGUGGAUGAUCGAAUUGAACAUUUCCGCCGUGAAUUGCCUACCACCAUUGAAACAAUGCCUGAUGAUAAUUUCGAAGCCAUCAAAGCAUCGCUAGCUAAAAUCAAAUUGAACGAAGACAACAAAUUGAGUGAGGAGGUGCAACGGAAUUGGGCCGAAAUCACCACCGACGAAUACGAGUUUGACCGACCACACAAAGAAGUCGAAUACCUGUCAACAAUUACGAAACAGCAAUUGUUGGAAUUUUAUAGGGCCUACUUGGGUGAAGCCGAACGCAAAUUAUCGAUUCAAGUGAUUGGCAAUGCUCAGGAAAAGGAAGUUGACAUUCCGAAUAAUGUGGAAACGGAAUUCGAGAUCAACGAGGAUUUAGAAACACGCCGCAAACGAUUUGAGGCACUGACCUAUGUCGAUUUCAAUGGUGAACCAAAGGGUAAUCUCAUUCACGAUUUGAUGGAGUUCAAGCAAAGCCUCGAAGUUUAUUCAGUCACCAAAACCAAUAGACGUUUGGUUUAACUUCUACGAAUUACUUUUUGAAUCAAUUGCUUCUAGCAUGAAUUAUUUACCGCGAAAAUCGAUAAAGAAAUUUUUUCAAUUAUUACAAAAUAUACAAUUUAAUUGUUGAAAUCGUUUAUUAAAAUAAAUAGAAUUUUGAAUUCUCCAUAUAAAAA